AUGGGAUCAGAUUCAUUGUUAGAUGGGCUUGCAUCAGCUGGUAAAUCAACUUUAGCAGGAGCAAAGGCGGUUUCAAAAUCGGGAUAUAAACUCAGUAAGGCUCAUUAUGACAAGUGUAAGGGUUCGAUAGGUGAUUCAACUGGUGAUAGAAGUAAAGAAAGUGAGAUUUAUGAAACGCGGACUAGGUUUGAACAACUACCAGAUCCAAGUAAUUUUCCUCCGCCACCCGUAAGGAGGACUCACACUCACCAUCACGGCGGCAGUAGUACUAAAGAAGUUAGUGAUAGCAAUCUUAGCAAAACAGGUGAUGACCGGCGAUAUCUUUCUCCAUCGCUUCCACCGACUCCCAUGCGAUCUAAACCAAAUUCUAGAGUAAGCUCUAUACCACCUAGCUCGCCUGAUGGCGGUUCCGUGAAUAUUGGCCACGCAGCUUUAGAAACAAGAAGAUCGCCUAUACAAGCUCCACAAAUACACAUUGAGCAAUAUCCUAUAAAUGCUAGUCCCCAGUUACAGGAUCAGGGUGAAAUACCUCCUCCAAUUCCGGCUAGGAAUUACAGUCCAUCGGCAGCACCUAGUAAUGAGCCAGACUACUCGGUGCAUCGACUUCCUCCUAUGCCUCUUCCUCCAAGUCCUAAGGCACAAAGGCAUUGGCCGAAUUUAUCCUCUAUAAACACCACUGCCAACGUUCCGCCAACUAACGUAGAAACACCUAUUGCAGAGCAUCCUCCUCAGGUCGGUAUGCAAAGCACCCAACCCACACUGGGUAAGUUAAAUACUGAAACCGUGAACCUUGCGAGCUUGCCACCUCCUCCAGCUCAUAAAGAUAGAGGGAAAGUAAAACAACAAGAUGUUGAAAGUGAUGGGGAACGAUCGCCCAAUGCGCGCUUGUCCUCUAGUGAGAGGCCCCCACUUGGCAGACAACGGUCGAGAUCUCUCUCUCCUCCUCCAGUUCCACCACGAUCUAUGCGGUCUGUGUCGCGAAACUCACCAACCUCACCGACUAGAAAAUCAUCACCUCCAAGUGCUACCUUACCCCCACCGGUUUCUAAGAAGCCCCAGCUACCUCCGCCAAAGGUUAAAUCAGAAAACUCUUCAAAUCGGUCGUCAGUGACUGGCAACUACAACUACGACAUCAAUGUAACAUAUCAACCGCCUCCUAAGCCGUUUCGUCCACCAGGUUCGGCAGAUCCAGCCAGUGUUUCUCAAGUAUUAAACCGUAGAAACACUCUACCUAGAAAGAGUUUGGAGUCACAGUCACAGUCACCGCCUCCUCAGUAUACGGAGAUCGAUCACUCAUCCCGGUUCCAAGAAAAUCCGCUCUCAACAGAUACUGCAACUCAGCCUUAUGGGACUUCAAUAGCUGAGCGAAUUGCAAGCAUGAAUCUUGAUAAUCAGAGUACACAGCCCGUACAAUUAGCUUCAAGGGUACAGAAAGCGGAUAAUAGAAAGCCUCCUCCAUCAAUUCCUAAGAAGAAAGACAGUCUUGCAGGUAUCAAGAAGGUGAAGCCCCCCAUUCCAGCGAAGAAGCCCUCGUUGGGAAAUGAACGCCCUAGUCUACUAGCACCAGUAUCAGCACCAGUAUCAUCACCCGCACCAGCACUGCCACCAAGAAUGCCUAUGGCGGCAACUUCGUCCACAACUCUUAAUGACGAUAACCCGUUUGCGACAUACCGGAAGGACGUAGUUCCUGAACACAGCAAUAGGCUGCGUCACUGA